AUGACCAUCUUCUCAAAACCUACACGACUUUCUAACCCGUUAGCCGUGGCCGGUAAUUUUCAGCCUAACCCGAGUCUUGACCGUCUGGUAAACUUCUUGAACUCGGUAUCUGGGACUGACAAGGUUUUGAUGGGAUCAUUGGCCCAACGUAUUGCAAACUUAAGUGGCCCAGUGUCGGACUUUAGGAUCUUCCUUCGCUACUAUGGUCUUCUUCCUUUAGUUCAAUGGAUGAUCCAUAUUGAACAUCAUCCCCCAGUAACACCACUCCUUUUAAAUAUUGAGCGUGUUCAAAAUUUUACCAUGAUCCUUUAUUACCCUCUCGAACACAUUUGGUGGCUUGCGGAUCAUAAGGUCAUCAAUAUGUCUGAUGCACAGAUGAAUAAAAUUGGAAUGUGGAGCUGUCGUUUUUGGGCGGCUUAUGUCAUCCUCCAACUUUGGCAUCUCGCUUCCGAAUGGAGCACGCAUAAAAGACGAAAGCGUGAUAUGAUUAAAAAGGUGGAUGGUGAUGAAGAAGAAAUCAGGCGAGAAAAACGGGCGCUUAAAGCAGAAGGAGAGAGGAUCAUAAGGGAUACGGUUAUUAAUAUUAGUUAUUUGCCGUUGACUAUUCAUUGGUCGAUUGAAAAAUCAUCUUUUCCAGAUGUCGGUGUCGGUAUUUUUGUGGAAAAAUCGGAAAAGAUCAAACAACAUUUAUCAUCACAAGUUGUAUCCACCAAAUUGGUUAUACCCACUUAUCUUCUCAACAUCACCAUGAAUACCAACGCACGUGCAUUCGUUCCACAAAACAUGGCUACGAGGACAAACAAUCCUCCUUCAACACCCAUCUCUCGUGCUCAACGUCCGACUGGACGAAACGUCGCAUCGAAUCAGAGUUCGCUCCAGCCUGAGUCGAGAAGGAAUGGCCCAAAGAAUCAAAAUUAUCAUACUCAAGGGGAUCCAAAUGCCCGUUUGAGCGUAAUUAACAAUAAAAGGAAUAAUAAUUCUCGCCGUAACAAAAAUCGUCAUUCUCAUCAUCAACAGCGUCAUCCAUCUGAUGCAGAUGCUGAUGUGAAAAAUGGAGACAAAAGUAGUAGCCAUUCCUCUGGCGAGAAUGAUUCAGGUCAAGCUGAUGAAUCGCAUUCUCCUGUCACUACAGUUACCACAGCUCUGAGUGAUAUGGCCAUGAAUGAUAAGGAUCCCUUAGCUUAUGGUGCUCCCAACAGGAGAGGACAAAUUUCUCUUAAUCAUCUUUUGAAUUUCUCAUUUCCUCCGAGACAAAGUUCUAAUGCCAAUGUUCCUCGAAGGCAGAGAGCAAUUAAUUAUCAACCUUACAAUAAAGAACGUUUUUUGAAUGCAAAUUUUAGGUUCCUCGUCAAAUCGAUGGGUGAUUACACCGUUUAUCAAGCUGAUCCGGAUCUAUUGCUCAACUGGCAAGACAUCGAGCAAGUGAUUAUAACUAAUCCCAACAUUCCCGGCUGCCCAAUUUGUCUGCAACAACCAACCGCAGCUCGUGUUACCAAAUGCGGUCACACAUAUUGUCUUGCUUGUAUUCUUCAUUAUUUGCAAUUGAAUGAUGACGAAGACAGGCCAAACAAAAAAUGGCGCAAGUGUCCUAUUUGUUGGGAUGCUGUAUACUCCAAGGACCUUAAAAGCGUCAGAUUUUGGACCGUCAGAACGAUCGGUAAAGUAGGUGGUGGAUUGACAAAAGGAGAGGAGAUGCUUACCAUGAGACUCAUUCAACGACCUGCGAAUUCGACUGUCGCGCUACCGCGUUCAUCAACAUGGCCACUCCGUGAUGACAAUACCAAUGUACCUUCAGCCCCUUGGUAUUUUACCCCUAACGCGCUCGCGUUUUCAAAGCUGACACUUGUUUCAAUCGAUUACAUGCAAAGUGAAUAUGAUCGCGAUUUAAGCGAUUUAGAGGAUGCGUUACAGGAAGCUCAUAAUUGGAAUUCAAGCGAAGAAAUCCCAUUUAUUGAAAUGGCCAUGGUCAAUGUUAAAGAACAUUUAGAAGUUCUCGGAAAAUUAUCCACCAAAGCUGCUCUUGACGCCGAACAAUGUGCACGCGGAAUUUUAGAUAUGGCAGAUGCAGAUUAUAAUGAAAUUCAAGACAAGAAAAAUUUAUUAAAUACAAUUGAAACUUCUUAUCAGGAAGAUGAGGUCUUUGCAGAUAAUAAAGUUGCAACAUCACAUGGGGAUAUUAAUCAUUCAUCGUUUAAUUUAAGUUCUGACGUCAUCCCUCCACCCUUUUUACCAGAAGACUUUAAAUAUAAGCCCCAUAUUGCAAAUUUAAGCCCAUUAGACCAUAAUGAAAAGCCCAAGAUUAAAGCUACAAAGGAUUCCCGUGCUUACGAUAGGAUGUAUUAUUAUUAUCAAUCCGAAGAUGGGCAACAUAUUUAUUUGCAUCCAUUAGAUAUUCGUGUCUUGAAACAAGAAUUUGGAUCGUAUAAUCAAUUCCCAAAUGAUAUCACCGUUCGUAUUCUUGGCGUUGACGAAUCUACAAUGACCGAGGAUCUUCGUAAGCGUUGUAAAUACCUGAGUCAUUUACCUUUGGGUUGUGACGUAACUUUUCUCGAAGUAGAUUUGAAAGGAUUCGUUUCAGAUAAUUCGUUGAAGGUUUUUGAAAGUGAAUUAAGACAACGUUACAAUCGACGCAAAGAAAAGGCACGUAAAGAAGAAUGGCCACAUGAACUGGCCGUUCGAAAGGAACGACAAAAAGAAAUUCAACAGGAAUCGCUUAGCUCCGAUUCAUUUUUUCAGCCUUAUUCUUACCGAGAAUCUGGUAGUAGAUCUGGGACAGCGAAUCAAGAAUCUUCCGACACUAAUGAGAAUGUACAUGGUAGUAAAAAUAGCAAACCUGAUGAUCAGUACAAUGGGCCAAAAACAGUAUGGGGAACGCCAGCCGUAUCCUUUCCCAUUGUUACAAAAACCAAGGAGUCCGCCGAAGAUGAUGAUGAACAAGAUUUAUGGGAUUAUCCGGAAGAGGAAAUAUAUGUCGGUAAAAAGCAGAAAAAGAAAAAAUUGGUUUUAAUGUCUACAAUUGGUAAAAGACAACGAUAA